CGUAUGAAGGAUUACAAUCACGGGCUAGGAAUAAUAAUAAUAAUAACAUAAUUUUUAUUAUAUUAUUAUUAAAAAAAAUUGAAGUAAUGGGACAGGAGGUCCGAGCGGCCACAGCCCUUCCUAGUUCCUUCUCUAUCACUCUCUCUCCCCUCUACAAAAAGCCGACAUUGAACCCACCGACCCGAACCUCCUCAUCCUCUCCGGUCACGUUCCCUCCCAAACCCUAAAAGCAAUCGCCAGACAAACCUCUAAGCCUUCUUCUUACCCACUCCUUCUCGAUCGAUCCGAUUGCUUCCUCAUUCUUCUCGAGAGCUGGUGGAGGAGAGGUUACAGUAGAAGGAGAAGAGAGAUCUAUCUGUAACGCCAUCGAAACAGCUUCCGCGGCCACGGGAUCUCCCGCAACCACUACCACCGUCAACGUAAACACCAACAGCAGCAACUCCGGCAACGCUAGCAGUAACAGCAACAUCGGCUCAUCGAUCAUGACUCUAGGAAGCGGAAACCAGCAAGAUAUCGAUGAGGAUCUGCACAGCCAUCAACUUGCUGUCUACGGCCGCGAGACUAUGCGAAGGCUGUUUGUUUCCAAUGUUCUCAUAUCCGGGAUGAAUGGACUCGACGCUGAGAAUGCGAAGAACCUGGUUCUUGCUGGAGUCACGUCUGUGACCUUAUAUGAUGAAGGAAUGGUGGAGUUGUGGGACUUGUCUAGCAAUUUCGUCUUCACAGAACAAGAUGUUGGGAAGAACAGGGCUCUUGCUUGUAUCCAGAACUUACAAGAACUAAACAACUCUGUGGUGAUUUCCACUUUAACUGGCCCAUUCAAGAAGGAACCACUGUCUGAUUUCCAGGCUAUUGUAUUCACGGAUCUUAGCAUAGACAAGGCAAUUGUUUUCGAUGACUACUGCCACAUUCAUCAACCUCCCAUUACUUUCAGCAAGUCAGAAGUUCGGGGCCUUUUCAAUAGUGUGUUCUGUGGUCUCUUUGCUACGAGAGGUGGUCUCUCUACUACGAGAGGUGAUAGCUUAAGCAAGCAGGAGGCGAUUCUCAUCCGCUUGCGCCCUCACCAGGACCAUUAUUCAAGCAAGCAGAACCAUUAUUAAGCAUGCAGGAGGCCAUGCUUAAGAAAGCAGGAGGUGUCAAUCUCUCCACACGGACGGACGACGAGGGGUUGUUAUUGCCAGCGCCGUCCAAUAACGUCCAAAGCAAGCUGGUCCAACCAAGUACGAGUGUAAUAUUUGGAAGCCAGUAUGGAAACUUUGGAACAAAAUCAUAGCCAAUUCCGACGGAAGUAAGGUGAGUGUGAAGGGGGUAAAUUCUACGCCUUACAUAUUCUUUCAAGUUUGACGAGCUUUAAGUAUUUGAUGAAGUGAUUGUUAUUGCUUGAUUGUGUUUAUGAUUGGUGAUAUGUGAUUUUGUUUGAGCUAUGUUUGUGUGAAUGUGCAUGAGUUCUUAUUUAAAUUAAAGCUUUACAUUUAUAAGUUAUUGUUAAAGUUAAGAAACAAGUUCUUUUUAAGAAGUAACUCACCUUCAAGAAGGUGAGGUCGGUUAAGUGUUUUUAGUCACUAGCGCAAGUCCGUUGACCUUUGAUACAUUUUGAGAUAGUGCAGUAGUUAUGCUCUUGAGACUUUUAAGAUGAGCAACAGUUAUGCUCUUGAGAAUCGUGGUGAAGAGCCACCACGAUAAGUUUAAGAUGUUAGGGGGAUGAAUCGUUACGACUCCCCUAACUAAGUUUAAGUUUAAGGAAAGCCUGGAUGGCUUCUCAUACGUAUGAGUUGGCAACCGGACUAGCUAGUGAGGGAUCCCCGUGUCAGUCAAGUAUUUUAGUCGAGAUUUGAGCUUUAAGAAUGGAGAGUAACAGUAAAUCCCAUACAGUUUUAAGAGUUCAGAUUUUUAUAACAGUGGAAGUACAAAACAACUUCCACCAAGUUAAGUAGAGUGAUCAAGUAUUAAUAAGAUUUUAAACGUAAGGGCGUAGACUGACCCCAACUCACUCACCAGGCCUUAGUAAGGGAAUGAGCGAGAACCAGAUCAGUAGCAGCUAGCUAGAGGAGCAGCUAGAGAGCAGCGAAUUCGGGAGGAAAAGUUCGAGGGCAGCCAGCUAGAGGAGGGCAGUGCAAGAGUCACGGAGGACGCCUAGUUAAUAUUUUUAGUAGAAGCAACGACAGAGACUACCUAGUUAUUUGCAUUUUAUGAUUAUGAGUAUAGACUGGAGAUCAGAUGAGAUUUAAAGUUUGAGUUUAAUUUGCCCACGUGUUAGGGCUUUGCUCUGAGCUACAAGUGUGUGUUUUCAGUUUUUUUUUAUUUAUGAAAAUUUUUCCUGCUGCAAUUUCAGUUUUGAGUAUUUUAUUUUUCAAGGGCAUUUUAGUAAAAGUAGUACCCGGCC